GUUGAAAAUAAAUAUACGAUAUAUAUACGAUAUUAUUAAAACGAAGGACAGUGGUGAAGUGUAUUCAUACAGGGUUAUCGAAUAGUAAAAUAGUAUAUAUAUAUAUAUAUGUUGACUAAAGAUUAGAAAAGUGGUUCUGAAGAGGACAUAUCCGUCAAGUCGUUACAGUCACAACGAUGCCGAACUUCCAGUACACAGUAUAUGUAAAGACUGGGGAUAAAAAAUUCGCUGGCACCGAUGCUAAUGUAUAUAUCAUUCUCUAUGACAGUGGAGGGAAUAAAACACAAGAGUUCCAUCUGGAUAAAUUCUUUCGUGAUGAUUUUGAAAGAGGACAGUUAGAUGAUUUUUCUCUGGAAGAUAAAGUGGACUUAAAAAAUAUUUCCGAGUUAGAAUUGUGGCGAGACAAUUAUGGGUUCGGUGACGAAUGGUAUGUGGAUUAUAUUCAAGUUCAUAAAAAUGAAGAAAUCUACUCGUUUCCAAUGUUCAAAUGGAUAAAAGCUCAUCAUCAUUAUUUGAUACCCCAUUUAGAUACUUCAUUACCACAAUUUCAUGCACAUCAAGAACAGAGAGAAUUAGAACUUCUAGAGAAACAAACUUACUAUCAACUAUGUCAGAAAGUGGAUGGAUGUUCAAUGCAGGUCAAAGAAAUCCCAAGUGACGAACAGUUCUCAUUUGAUUACAAAUGGAAUAUCGCAAAGAGGAAAAUUCAAAUGAUAGCAACCAGUAAGCUGCACAUGUUGUUGAAUGGUGCUAACUGGGAAAGUAUAUUUGAUCUCAAGUGCGUCUACUCUGAUGCUUUUGGUGAACCGGAGGGUGUAAAGAAAUGGAGUAACGAUAUCUACUUUGGUUCUCAAAGAAUAUCAAGCAUGAACCACUCACUAAUCGAACUAUGCACAGCUAUGCCACAAAAAAUGAACAUAACAGAGGAUGAGCUGAAAAAAAAUCUAGACGAAGGAUGGAGCAUCCAAAAAGCCAUCAAAGCUAAUCGACUUUUCAUUAUAGAUCUGAUAGAUAUUAAAGAUAUCCCUGUGAGAAGUCCUGAACUUAUUUUGACAUGUCCAAUAGCAUUAUUCUUCUUGAAUGAAAAAAAGCAACUUGUACCAAUAGCGAUUCAGCUGUUCCAAGAGAAAAGAGAAGAUAACCCUGUGUUCACACCAAAAGACCCACCCAAUACGUGGUUAAUGGCAAAGAUGUGGUACAACCUAGCCGAUGCUUCUUAUCAUCAAUCACUGACUCAUUUAGCGUUCACACAUUUACUUAUGGAAGGAGUGUGUGUGGUUACACAUAGACAACUGUCUCAAUCUCAUCCCAUCUUCAAACUUUUAGCGCCACAUUUUUUGUACCUGAUAGCAAUCAACACGCGAGGAUUGGAUUUGUUAGUUGCUCCUAAUGGCUGGGUAGACAAAACAAUGGCAAUAGGAAUCAAAGGGAUGUUUUCAUUAAUUGCUAGAGGAAUAAAUAUUUGGAGAAUGGAUACACAUGGGACAUUGCCUGAAGAUCUUAAGAGGAGAGGGUUAUUGAAUACAAACAUACUUCCAGGAUAUCAUUUUCGGGACGAUGCAUUGCUGUUGUAUCAAGCCAUCAAAAAUUAUGUCUCAAAAUAUGUCAAGUUAUAUUAUGACAAGCCUGAGAAGAUAUUUGAUGACUGGGAGAUAAUGAGCUGGGGAAAUGAAUUGACAAAGGCUAGAGAGAAAGGGGGAUGCGGAAUAUUAGGUGUUCCGAACAACGGAAAAUUUGCAACAGUAGAGGACCUUACAAUAACAUUGACAUCCAUUAUUUAUACAUGCAGUGUUGGACAUGCAUCGACAAAUUUUCCGCAAUAUGACGAAUAUGCGUUCCCGCCGAAUUAUCCGGCAUGCUUAAAAGGAACGCCACCAAAAGACAAAAGUCCAUUGACUGAAAAUGACAUUUUGAUAGCAUUACCAGAUAAACCAACAACUCUUGAUAUCAUGACAGUUACUAAAAUUCUCAGUGAUAGAGGGACCAAUAGUAUUGGAGAUUUCGAAGUGCAGUAUAUAUUUGAUCCACCUGCCAAAAAUAUAGUUAAUGAAUUCAGAGAAGAACUAAAAGAUAUUAGUAAAACAAUCAAAGAAAGGAACAAAAUAAGAGAUCCACCUUAUAUCUGGCUUGACCCUGACUUUGUGCCUAAUUCGAUUAGUAUUUGACAUGACACCACAUUUUACCAUCAUCUUUUUGUGCCAUUGUGAACUUUUUUUCCAGUCAAUAUAAAAUGUUUUAAAGAUA